UUUGGAGAACUUUUCAGCUACGCUUAAACGAAGUCAAGGAAAAAGAGACUGACGGAUACGAAAAUGAAAUUUAGUUGUUGAAUUCAUUCGUUUGGAGAAGAUCAUUGGUGUUCGAUGUAUUGCAUAUGAUCUUGCCGCUACCUGUUCUAGUGAUCGAUUGAAUGUCAUUAUGAAUGAUAAACACACUACUUCUGUGUUAAGACGCGUCUUAGUGACUUGUGCUGCCCAGGCAAAAGAUUACGGUGGAUGUGUAGCAUCAAAAGUUCCAACAAUUGAGUAUGAUAUGUGCUUGAAGGAGUUCCUUGCAUUAAAAAAUUGCAUGCACAACACGCUCAAGAGGAAGGUGUAAUCUAUAAUCUGACUCCACGUAUUGUUCUCUUUAUUGUGAAGAAUCUUUACCAACCUUUCAUAUUAUAUAACGGUUGAACCAGUUUAGUAAGACAAAAUUGUUGUCGUUCAGCGUACAAGCUUGCUAAUUGUGCAUACUGAUAAUUCUUGUCCUGCCUCAAACUUAAAGAGAAGGAUUAAAUAGGAUGUCUGUGAAUGUUUCAAGCUAUCAAUCUCCUGUUGGAUUGAGCCGAUCUGCUGCUCUAUCACAUGUCUAUAUUCAAUAUCCCCCCUUAAGAUGCUGGAACUCUGGAACUAGUUGCUUAUUUUAUGAUGAUGGAAACAAGCUAAUAAUCUCACCAACAUCUGAUGGGGUCCACUCAUGGAAACUUUUUCCUUUUAAUCCUCAUGUGAAUUCCACAUAUCUUACUAUUACCGAAGGGCCUAUUUUAUCAAUCAGAUACUCCCUAGAUGAAAAGAUAUUGGCUGUGCAACGAUCCUCCCAGGAGAUCCAAUUUUGGAAUAAAGAAACUGGAGACAGUUUUAUUCAGAGAUGUAAAUCGGAGUCGGACAAUAUAUUGGGAUUCUUUUGGACUGAUUGUUGCUCAUAUGACUUUGUAAUUGUAAAGGCCAGUGGGCUUGAUCUGUUCUCCCUAGAUUCGGAAUCGAAAUCUCUUCAUUUGGUGGAGACCAAGAAACUGAAUGUUAGUUGGUACAUAUACUCUCAUGACAGCCGCCUUGUUCUUCUUGCUUCUGGAAUGCAAUGCAAGAGUUUUACUGGUUAUCAGCUUCGAUGCACAGAGAUAGUACGACUGCCCAGAUUUGAGAUGGCAAUGGCUAAAUCAGAUGCAAAUAGUAAACCUGUCUUAGCUGCUGACGAUGUCCAUAUUAUCACAGUAUAUGGAAGAAUAUACUGCCUUCAAGUUGAUAGACUUGCUAUGCAGCUUCAUCUAUAUAGAUUAUAUUCUGACACUGUUAUUCAACAGGGUUCCUUGCCAAUUUAUUCAAGCAGGAUCUCGGUUAGUGUGGUUGACAAUGUUUUGCUUGUGCAUGAAACGGAUGCUAAGGUUGUUAUAUUGUACGAUAUAUACUCGGAAUCCAGAGCACCUAUAUCUGCUCCGCUUCCUUUAUUACUGAGAGGUUUCCCCAGAGUUGUCGCUUCAUCUUCUCAAUCAACAACUAGAGAUUCAGAAAGUACAGAGGCAGGCUUAACUCAUUCUGAAGCAGUUAUCUAUGGAGAUGGCUGGACAUUUCUUUGCCCUGAUCUUAUAUGCGAUAUUGCUAAUGGACUUGUGUGGAAGAUUCAUCUGGAUCUGGAGGCUCUAUCAGCCAGUAGCUCAGAAAUACCAUUAGUGCUAGAAUUCUUGCAGCGUCGCAAGUUGGAAGCAAGCAAGGCUAAGGAAUUAUCUUUAGCAAUGGUGCGUACCAUCAUUCUGGAACGAAGACCUGUACCCAUAGUUGCCAAGUCCAUAGAUGUUUUGGUGACCUCUUACUCAUACUCCAUGAAAAGAGGUGGAAACUUGAAGGAAACAAAAGCUGUGAAGAGUUCAUCUUCUGGUUCAGCUCAAGAAAAUAACGCUCAUCCUGCUGCUGAUGAUUCAACUAAAAGAGCAGAUGAUGUAGGAAAGUCUAUUGUAAAUGAGCGUAGUCAUGGAGCAGAGAGAAAAUUCCCUGGUAGACCGACAGAUUCCUCAGUGCUAGAAUCUGAGGAUACCGUGUUGGAUUCUGAAGCUCAAAGAGAUGAAAUUCGUCAGGCAAUCAUGAGUACACAAUUUUCUGGCUCUGGUAGUAGCCCUUUGAGUGCCAUCAUCACAGAGCAAGUUACUACAGCAGCGAUUUCCCCAGAUGAAAUGUACACCUUUGUGUUUGCUCCUGUUGAAGAAGAAAUGUCUGGAGAUUCAUCUUAUUUGGUCGCUGUUAUCAUUGAAUUCCUCCGCAGCACUAAUUUGGAGAGGAUUAAAGUUCAUCCAAAUGUGUAUGCAUUGAUAAUACAGCUGCUAGCUCGCAAUGACAGAUAUGCAGAAUUGGGAAUGUUCAUUGUGAACAAGAUUCUUGAACCCUCAAAAGAAGUAGCUUUGCAACUGCUGGAGUCAGGUCGUCAGCAUUUACCAACAAGGAAGUUGGGUCUGGAUAUGCUUAGGCAACUCGCUCUUCAUCAUGAUUACGUUUUACUGUUGCUACAAGAUGGCUACUAUCUUGAAGCUUUGCGUUAUGCACGGAGAACCAAGGUGAAUACAGUAAGGCCUUCAUUGUUUCUUGAGGCAGCUUAUGCUUCCAAUGAUUCACAACACUUAGCUGCAGUUCUGAGAUUCUUCUCAGACUUCAUUCCUGGCUUUAAGGAUUCUACUGAUCAUAAUACGUAUAACCACAUCUUGGCUGAGAUGAACUCGUCUGUUGCUGUUGCUUGAACCGACGAAAAUCACAUCUGUGUAAGUUUUCUGGGUUAAUGUAUGAAAAGUUGAGCUGUUACACUUUUUAAUUGUGAACAGGAGAAGAGAACCAUUUCUAUUUGAAUGUGUUUAGAAAAUAAAUAAAUAAAAUAAAUCCCAAGCUAGAGAUGGAUGUUUUCUAUUAGCCUAACAAACUAAUAUGUAUGUGUAUGGUGGUAGUUAUCUUAAAUAACUAUCACAUUAUUUCUUAUGGGGUAUUCUUUGUUUGUUGGUUUCAAUAAUAUCCAUCAUAAAAAUCUUGCUUACUCGA